UGACAAGCUUGUAAAAAAGAAAAGGGAAAAAAACACACCCCAAAUAAUGGAGGAGAAGUGUGGAGGGAUAGGAUAUUUACAGAUGAAAGAGAAGAGUUGAAGAGGCAAAGGCUAAAAACAUGGAGAAUCCCAAUGCUCUCUCACAGUCAUAUUAAGAUUUAAGAAGAGAUACAAACCCCACUCUCACUCUCCACUCCCUUUAUUUUAUUUUUACUCUCCUUUCCUUCCUUUUUCCUCUCUCUCUUGCUUUAAAAGAUUGAACUUUUUAUUUAUUUUUCAAUGCUCUGUUGCUAAUUCGAUUGAAACCAACAAUCCAUUCUACAGGGGAAGAAGAUCCCUUUUUUUUUGUAUUAUUCCACUUUGGGUUUUUUUUAGAUGUCGGAGCAAAUGUCUGAUGAUGACGAAAGGCAGCAAUCUCCGCCGUCAGAUCUUGAUUUCGCUUCCAACAAGGCACGGACUUGUAUCGUCACCGGGUCGGUUUCGGGUCAUACCGAGUUUCAGUCACCGUACCCGGAUCAGGUUCUGGAGAACGUGUUGGAAAACGUGCUUCACUUCCUUACGUCGAGGCGGGACCGGAACACUGCCUCAUUGGUGUGUAAGUCGUGGUAUCGGGUUGAGGCGCUUACCCGAUCCGAGCUGUUCAUUGGGAACUGCUACGCGGUUUCGCCGGCUCGGGCUACCGCUCGGUUCACUAGAGUGAGAGCUCUUCAUCUGAAAGGAAGGCCCAGGUUCGCGGAUUUUAACCUUAUGCCACCCGAUUGGGGUGCCCAUUUCAAUCCUUGGGUCCUGGCUUUUGCUAAGGCUUGCCCUUGGUUGGAGAAAGUUUACCUAAAGCGUAUGUCCGUGACGGAUGAUGAUCUAGCAACUUUGGCUGAAUCGUUUUUAGGGUUUAAGGAGCUUGUUCUUGUUUGCUGUGAUGGGUUUGGAACUAGUGGCCUCUCCAUUUUUGUUAGCAAGUGCAGACAGCUUAAGGUGCUUGAUCUGAUCGAAUCCGAGGUUUCUGAUGAUGAGACGGAUUGGAUAUUGUGUUUUCCUGAGGGUGAAUCACAUCUCGAGUCAUUGAUAUUUGAUUGUGUAGAAUACCCUAUAAAUUUUGAGGCAUUAGAAAGGUUGGUGGCAAGGUCUCCUUCACUUAAGAAGCUUAAGCUAAAUCGAUAUGUUUCAAUUGGGCAGUUAUACCGCCUUAUGGUUCAAGCUCCGCAGCUCACGCAUCUUGGGACAGGGUCCUUUAGCCCAUCGGAGAUUGCAGGGCAAGGUGAUCAAGAACCAGAUUAUGUAACCGCGUUUGCUGCCUGCAAAUCCUUAGUUUGUCUCUCUGGGUUCAGGGAAAUAAUUCCGGAUUAUCUGCCUGCAAUUUACCCUAUUUGUGCGAAUCUAACGUCUUUGAAUUUCAGCUACGCCAACAUUACUGCCGAACAGCUUAAGCCAAUUAUAAGCAACUGCCACAAGCUUCAGGUUUUCUGGGUCCUUGAUUCAAUAUGCGAUGAAGGACUUCAAGCAGUCGCUGCAACAUGUAAGGAAUUGCGUGAGCUUCGGGUUUUCCCUGUUGAUGCUCGUGAGGAUAGUGAUGGUCCUGUUUCUGAAGUAGGCUUCCAAGCUAUUUCUGAGGGUUGUCGGAAAUUGCAAUCUAUUCUUUAUUUCUGCCAGAGGAUGACUAACGCAGCUGUAAUAGCAAUGUCCAGAAACUGUCCAGAUUUAGUUGUUUUCCGGCUAUGCAUAAUGGGUCGCCACAGGCCUGAUCAUGUGACGGGGGAACCUAUGGAUGACGGUUUUGGAGCCAUUGUUAUGAACUGUAAGAAGCUCACUCGUCUUGCUGUUUCUGGUUUACUGACAGAUAAAGCUUUUGACUAUAUUGGACGAUAUGGGAAACUGGUACGCACAUUAUCAGUGGCUUUUGCUGGAGAUAGUGACAUGGCGCUUAAAUAUGUACUCGAGGGCUGUCCACAAUUGCAAAAGCUCGAAAUUAGAGAUAGUCCAUUUGGAGAUGCUGCUCUUUGUUCUGGUUUGCAUCACUACUACAACAUGAGGUUUCUUUGGAUGUCUUCAUGUAGACUAACUCACCAAGGUUGCCAACAGAUUGCUCGUGCUAUGCCUCGCCUAGUGGUUGAAGUGAUUAGAUCUGCUGAUGAAGAAGAGAUGGAUGUCUGUGUUCAAACAUUAUACAUGUAUCGAUCUCUUGAAGGGCCAAGAAAUGAUGCUCCAAAAUUCGUUACCAUCUUGUAGGCAAAAAUGUGGUGCAGAAAGCUAUUUUAUUUAUUCUCAUUGUGGAACCGAAUACCAUGGAAGUUAAAACUAUCCCCUUGGGAAUUUUGAUACAGUCAUGGUGUGCAUCUUUUAAGUAUAACCCAUGUGAAGGUCCCAACAUUUGCAGCCAAGCAAAGUUGAGUAAAUAACUUCUGCUUCAAGCUUGGGCUGAUACAUUGGAAUUCAAAGCUAAUCCCUGUGAGAGACGAGAGCUUACCUUUGAUAAAGGGGGACAAGUGCACAAAAGGGAUCUCUUUGUAAGUUAUUGAACCAUGGAUGUUGUUCCAGCGGUAGGCAUUUAAAUUUUUACUUAAAUCUUUUUUUUUUCUUCUUAUUUCAUAUUCAUUUUGUCAUUAGUCUAAGUUAGCCAGGGAAUGGAGGUUUUUGAACUAUAUAUGGAGGGGCAAACAUGUGUUGCCUUGUCCUUUGAAGGUUGAAGAAUCUGAGGAUGUGGGUGGAUCUAUUUUUCUGUGCUUUCAGCAAAGCAUCCAUAGGCCGUAGAGGCAUUUAUCCGCUCUCAUUUGUAGUUUUAAGAUGUAGUUUUAUGGGAGAGCCCCUUACUUGGACAUCUCUUACUGUCUUUCACAUUUUUCUAAUUCCUCCAUGUUUGUUAUUUUCAAA